AUGCAUACAGACUGUGUAUAAUCUGAUCUUUAGUUUCUGCUUUUAAAUCUAGAGUUCAUGUCUUUGUUAAUUAAGCUGCAGCAGAGCGACAGGGGUUUAUUAUAAAAGCAGCGCUCUGAUCAGUGUGACAGAAGCUUCAUCAGUGUAUCACAGCACUAAAACCUCAGAGGAGUAUGGACAUGGGCACAAAGAUGGUGAUCAUGGGUCUGCUUUUGGCAGCCUCUAGCAGCUCUGUGUUUACCAGAGAAUGGAGGGCCACUGUUGUGAGAGAGCUGAAUGCUCUGGUUUCAUCCUGCGUGGUGAUUCCCUGCUCCUUCACCCAUCCUGAAGGAAACUUUCCCACCUCCAAAAUCAGAGCGAUCUGGCAUAUCUCAAAGGACAUCAAUCAGCGCAUCUAUCAUGAAGAUGACAGCUUGGUUUUGGAAAGCUUCAAGGGGCGCACAGAGUUGUUGGGCCAUCUGGGUCAGGGCAACUGCAACUUAAGAAUCUCUGAAAUUAAAGAUCAUGAUAACGGCCCGUUCUGCUUCCGGGUUGAACUGACACCAACAGCGGCGAGUACGCUGGAGAAGUUCUCUUUCGUGGAGGACUGUUGUGAUCUGAAAAUGCUCCCUGAUCCCCCAAAGCCCACACUGACUCACUCAAAGGUAGCAAUUGAAGGAGUUCCCUUCUCUGUGACCUGUACAGUCCUCCACACCUGCCCCUAUCAGGCCCCUAAACUCACAUGGAGCAGGGGCACCGCAGACAGCAUCACUGAGGUCAACAGAGAAAUCCACGCUGGAAACUGGGAGGUCCAGUCUGUCCUGACAUUCAUUCCCAAGGAGAAGGAUGACCACAGUGACGUCACCUGCACAUCCACUUUCAAUGGAGGGAAGACAUCGUCUGCAGCAAUGACUCUCUUUGUAAAACGUAAAGAAAACUACAACCACAUCAUCAUUCCCACAGCAGCAGUGGCCGCUACUGUUGUGAUAUUUACGGUCUUUUGUCUUCUCAUUGUGAAAAAAUACAAGAACCGCAUUUUAGAACUCCAAAAUCAAGAAGGCAGUAUGUGGAACCGGCUUUCCAGACUGUCUCGACGGGUCAGACAGUGAAGAUGGAAGUGAAAAACAGGAACUUCAGAAAAACUGAUUUUUCUAAUUACUUCUUUUGUUUUUAUGUUGCAUAUUAACCAGCAUAAGCUCCAGAUGUAGUCUUAUCACAAACACAGCUGCAUUAAUCAUUGGUUGGCUAUAAAAAAGGGAAGAAGAUAGGCAAAAAAAAGGAUCAGUAUCAUCAGCAAACAGCAGACUUCGUUAACAUUUAAAAAUUAAGUUUGAAGUAUUUUAAACCCCUUUUCCACCUUGUAUUAACGUGGGGGUUUCUCUGUUAUCAAAGGGAAACUUCCACAGUUUUUUAUAAUGUCUCUUUUAUUUUCUCAGCACUAAAUCAUCUUUAGCUUUAACUGACAAAAUUAACCAUUUAAAAUUAAUGGACAUCCAAACAGAACAAAGUAAGAAAUGUAUUUUCCCUUUGUAGGAAGAUAUGUCAGUAGCUUUUUGCAGGCCCACCCAGAGAAAUGGACAGGCCCCUGAAAGGACCACUAUUGGCCCUCACUAGAUGCCAUUUAACCCCUUAAUGCCCAUUGUAUCAUGUUUCAUACAUACUUUUAUGAUACCUCUAUCUAAUCAAUAUGAUCAUAAAUUACUAAAAAAAACAAACCUUCUGAAUACAAUCUGAUGAAUGAUAAA